UAUUGUCCCCACCCUCCCAAUCAUGUGAUUCAGGUGUUCCAAUCCCCUCCCAAUCAUGUGAUUCAGGUAUUCCAAUCCCCUCCCAAUCAUGUGAUUCAGGUGUUCCAAUCCCCUCCCAAUCAUGUGAUUCAGGUAUUCCAAUCCCCUCCCAAUCAUGUGAUUCAGGUGUUCCAAUCCCCUCCCAAUCAUGUGAUUCAGGUGUUCCAAUCCCCUCCCAAUCAUGUGAUUCAGGUAUUCCAAUCCCCUCCCAAUCAUGUGAUUCAGGUGUUCCAAUCCCCUCCAAAUCAUGUGAUUCAGGUGUUCCAAUCCCCUCCAAAUCAUGUGAUUCAGGUGUUCCAAUCCCCUCCAUAUCAUGUGAUUCAGGUGUUCCAAUCCCCUCCCAAUCAUGUGAUUCAGGUAUUCCAAUCCCCUCCAAAUCAUGUGAUUCAGGUGUUCCAAUCCCCUCCCAAUCAUGUGAUUCAGGUGUUCCAAUCCCCUCCAAAUCAUGUGAUUCAGGUGUUCCAAUCCCCUCCAUAUCAUGUGAUUCAGGUGUUCCAAUCCCCUCCAUAUCAUGUGAUUCAGGUGUUCCAAUCCCCUCCAUGGACACAGGUGUAUACAAUCAAGCCCCUAGGCAUGCAGACGGCUUCUACAAAC